AACGGCUCCUGCGCUCCACUUCCUCACUACCACCAUGAUAUGGAUGGCCAGCUGCAUCUCCAUGCAGGCCUCGCCAAUUCCUCUUUGCGCCCAAAUCUCUAUCACACCAAGUCCGGGACACGCAUAGUUUCAAAUCACGACCCGAACAAGAAGUCACAUCUACACAAGCACAAGUCGCACCGGCAUCAUCACCAACAUGACGACCAAGAGCGGCAUAGCUCAAGCAGGCGUCAUGCAGCGAAAGAAGCUGUGCAGUCUGCUCUGCAGAUAGAGCCUCCGACGAGCUUCGGCGACUUGCUAAGGCAGACAAGAGGUAGUAAAGAGACCAGCCCGAGCCAUAGUCGCAAAGGUAGUGUUGCAACGGGUCAGGCCGACGGUAAUGCGAUUGCAAAGGAGGAUGGUGAUGGGGCGUUCAUGAUGCCACCUCGGAGGCCACUCCGAGCGGAAGAUGUGGAGAAAGAGGCAAAGAGGGUUGAAGCUAGGGAACGAGACCUCCGCAGUGCCCUCCAAUCUCUUUCCGAUCAGUCCCUCAAGACAUCCCGCCGCCUCGACGAUACAUAUUACUCUAUCCUCGAGAAGCUAUCUGUCCUCCGACAGACUAUCGGGAGUCUACAAGAGCUUUCUGGCUUGACGAAGGAGCUGCAUGAUAACUUUGAAACGGAUACAAAGGAACUGAUCGAACAUGUAGAAGGGCAGUUCGAAGGCUUUGGUGACUUCAAGGCCCAGCAAGAGCAGGUCAAUGGACUAGAAGAGCGGAUCAAAUCGGGGAGGGAGAAGGCAGAGCUAUUAACGACGCGACUUACGAAGGCGAAAGAGCAUGUUGAUUCCAAGGCGAAAAGUGAAGCACAGUGGGAGGCUAAGAACACACGUCGUCUUCGCAUCUUCUGGGGCAUACUCGGUACCAUCACCGCCUUGAUAUUCGCUCUAGUCCUCUUCCACCAGUUCAAACCAAUUCAUAUCCCCAAAGACCAGAAGACUUCGCUCGACUUUGCUUCCAGGGCCAAAAUUAUGGACGCGCCGAUACCAGAUAUAGCGAAAGAGGCCAUCAUAGGAUCAACGCCAAAGAUAGCGACAUCAAGUAUCGAAACAUCAGUUGCUAAUCCUCUAUUAGAAGAUGACGAGCGGUUGCGUGGAUUUGAUGAGCUAUGAUGUUGUGUUUUUGAGUUUUAGAUACCCCUACUGCUGAGCUCUUUUUAAUUCAAAAUUAUGCUUCUUUU